AGGAGGGGGGGGGGGGUCCAACACAGAGCUGUAGUUUCUCUUCAAGAGGCGAGGAAUGCAAUCUGAGCAUCAAUGUUUCACUGGGGCAAGUGGAAGAAGAGGAUGGGAGCCAAUAGUUCUUCAAAGAGACCAGUUUUCGAUGAGAAGGAAGAUGUGAACUUCGACCACUUCCAGAUAUUGCGAGCCAUUGGGAAAGGGAGCUUUGGAAAGGUAUGCAUUGUGCAAAAGAGGGACACCGAGAAGAUGUACGCCAUGAAGUACAUGAACAAACAGCAGUGCAUAGAGAGAGAUGAGGUCCGAAACGUCUUUAGAGAGCUUGAGAUCCUACAGGAAAUUGAACAUGUUUUUUUAGUAAAUCUCUGGUACUCAUUCCAGGAUGAAGAGGACAUGUUUAUGGUGGUGGACCUCCUGCUGGGAGGAGAUCUGCGCUACCACCUGCAGCAGAGUGUCCAGUUCAGCGAGGACGCUGUCAAACUCUACCUCUGUGAGAUGACGCUGGCACUUGACUACCUGCAGAGCCAGCACAUCAUCCAUAGAGAUGUCAAGCCAGACAAUAUCCUGUUGGAUGAGCAAGGUCACGCUCACCUGACGGACUUCAACAUAGCAACGAUAAUAAAGAAUGGAGAGAGAGCCACGGCCUUAGCUGGAACCAAGCCCUACAUGGCCCCAGAGAUCUUCCAGUCUUUUGUAAGUGGAGGGACGGGUUACGCCUUUGAAGUGGACUGGUGGUCACUAGGGGUGACAGCAUUCGAAGUGCUCCGUGGAUGGAGGCCCUAUGACAUCCAUGCCAGUAACUCAGUGGAGUCCCUGAUUCAGCUCUUCAGUACAGUCAGUGUCCAGUACAGCCCAGCCUGGCCCAAGGACCUGGUUUCCCUCUUGAGGAAGCUACUGACAGUGAACCCAGAGCAUCGUUUCUCCGGCCUGUCUGAGAUGCAGACAUCUCCCUACCUCGCUGACGUCAACUGGGACGCUGUGUACGAGAAGAAGAUGGAGGCCGGAUUUGUUCCUAAUAAAGGUCGCCUCCACUGCGACCCCACCUUUGAGCUGGAGGAGAUGAUCCUGGAGUCGCGCCCCCUUCACAAGAAGAAGAAGAGGCUGGCCAAGAACCGCUCUCGAGACAACAGCAAGGAUUCGCAGUCUGAGAAUGACUACCUACAGGAGUGCCUUGAAGUGGUGCAGCAAGAGUUCAUGAUCUUCAACCGUGAGAAGUUGAAAAGGCGUCAGGAGGAGGGUCAGUCAGAGGCGGGGGGUGAUGAUGCCAGCGGGGACGGGGAUGGAGAGGCCGAAGCUGGGGGCACUGACGACGAUGCACCCGAACCAGAGCCAGAACCUGAGCCGGAGCCCGAGUCCUCCUCCAAGCUGAGCAUGUGCGGCUCGGUCUGCUCCUCCCCCGGCAGCUGCUAGCGCCACCUCGCCUCACACUGACGAUCACAAGGUCUCUCUCUGGCCGCUGCAGUGUUUGUGCCAUGCCAAUAGAUACGUUCUCCCCUCUCUCCUCUGUUGUAGCCAGGAGCGGAGGUCACGCACAGCAGGUUCGACUUGACGCACAGCAGGACCCAAAAUGGCUCCCUCUAUUUUUUCCUCCUCUUCCUCCUAUUUUUAUUUUUUUUCUCUGUAGCAUCCUUCCGGUAAGGCAUGAAUGAAGCAGACCCCCCUCCCCAGAGAGUCCCCGCCUACUGUACCCGUCUGCCCUAGAGUAAGCUCUAACUUCUAUGCAAUGUUACAGUAUAGCAUGACAAAAUAAGGUAUCACUUACUAUGAGGUGUUCACGAGCAGAAAGCAUGACGACAUCCGGAGCAAUAGCAGUCCACGGUUUUUGGAGGGUUGGUGGGGUUUUUUGGGGGUUUUGGUGGAGACGCAUUCUCAGCCUUCCUGUUCCAAAAUCUGACGGGGACGACUGAAUUAUUCAGCACACGCGGGCUCUCCGUUUAUGUUAUUGCCUGUGUCUUCAGUUCACUCUUCCCCUCAGCCUCUUUCAUCUUACGUAUGUGCCCUAAAUUUGGAGCAAUUUUCUCCCGGAGCACCUUCCUCGUGUUGCAACACCUUUCCGAGACACGUGUACAGUGCGUGUUCAUGGCUGUUUCGUGCAGUCGGCCAAGAAAUGCGUGGCCGGUCUCGUGUUGUAAACCUGUUUAAAAGUGGUGCCUGUUGAUGAUAAUCAGUAUUUGUUAAUCACAUCGUAGCCAUUAUAAGUCAAACUGCUAGCUUGAAGUGUUAGCCAACUAUUCUUUUUUUUUCUCCAAGCGUUUUCUUUAGGAUGAUAAGGUACUGUAAUUUAUGGGGAGUCAGUACAGCAAUCAGAAUGAAAGGUUUCUGCUUGUCACUGUGUCUGUAAUGAUUACCAAGAUUUAGUAUUUUAGCCCUGCACCAUGGUCUGACUCUCAGAGAGCAUUCAGAAACUCCGCUCCGGGGAAUAAACACUAAUCACAUCUUUUAGAAAGCUCUGUUUACUUCACUAGACACCAUCAUCUCUUUAAGUGCUCGGUUAGUAUAAAGCUCAUCCCCCUGUAGAACUUGUUUUUGGGCUGUACUUAAAUGUGUAGCUGUGCCCUGUUGGUACUUCAAAUUGUAUAGAUGAGCUAGUCUAUUACUGUCAUAGUGAUAGUGGUACAUUUUAAGGUGGCACCAUUAAUCUCAGUCUGAACACCUGGGAACAUGUAGCAACGGUCAACCUUAAAACCCUAAGGCCUAAUAAAAUGAAAACCAUGUAAAUAGCAUACAGUGUAGGUAAAUAAACUCACCACAGUUUUAUGUGGGACUGCGAACUCGACAUAUAAACUAAAGGAAGAGCUGUGUGAAGCUUCAUACUGCUUCAUUCUGCUCUUCUUUCCAAGUGUGCAGGCACAACUUGUAGGCAAAAUAUGCCAAAGCUUUUCUACCAUUUGCAUAACCAUUUCUAAGGAACUUUGAGUGUGUGAAUGUAUGUGUCUUUUUUCCCAGUAUAACAUAAAGUCAGUGUUCCUUCUGCAAGUGAAAAUACUAUCAUUUAUACAAUCAUAUUGUGAUUAUGUAUAAAGUAUCUAUUUCAGGUAAGGGAGGGGACCUUAAAGUUAUAGUUGGACAUUUUGAGAAAUACGUCAAUUUGCGGUCUUUACUAGAAUUAAAUGAGAAGGUCGAUAUCUCCCUUAUGUGUGCGUUAAGUAAUUCAAAUAUUACCACGACCCCCCUAAAGGUCACUAAUUAUUAUGUUGUAUCUAGUCUAACACAAACAGUACUUUAUGCUCUAUUUGCCAAACAACAGCCAGACAUCCGUCAUGGAUGGAGAAAAUAUGGAGACAGGCUCACACCUGGUUAUUUGCUAUAAAACCACAAAUUAUAUAUAUUUUUUGCUUAAGAGGUGUGGUGGGUGGAUACUGAACUGUUCCAGGAGACUCUCGAGGAACUGCAAGGCGCUGGUGACAUAACAGACAGCCAGAGGCAUCGUUAUGCCACAUUUACAUAGUGUUCUUACUCGCUGGGAUACACAUAUUAUUAAACCUUACCACAUAAGUUACUCUAUGAUUUCUGUAUUACUAUUCUAGUUUGUUCUUCAGUCUUAAAUAUGAGGGGUGCCCUGUGAAAGACUGGUCAAAGAUCCGAUACAUCGUUAUUUAAGUAAGAUGACAACAAACUUCUGUAUAAGAGUCAUUUCAGAGCAUAGUGUCAGUCAGGAAUCACCUGUCCUGCCACUAUGUCACUAUGGCUAAAAUUUACCUAGCUGUUCAUGGUCAGUAAACCAUUAACAGCUCCAAAACUUAAACAGACUUACUGGAGCUUGAAGUCAGUAAUGAGUAAGGUAAUAAUUACUUGGGUGUGUUGGGCUAGUUGCUCAAAAAAUUAAAUUUAUUACUCAUUGGUUGUUAAUCUUUUCAAAAGUGAUAUUAUUUCUUUACUUAUUACUCCCUGCCAAUAACUUUUUUUGCUAAUUGUGUCCCUUCUCGCCAAAAUUUAGGCUUACAAUAAUUAAAAUCCAGUUUUGUUUGUUAAAAUCCAAGUAAUACCGACUUUAAUAAUUACUUACACUACUAAUUACUGGUGAAAGUAAUAUUAUUACUGGUAAUGUCUUACUACCCAACACUGCUAGCUCAGCUGCCUCUUGUAUGUUGUAGCGGUCCCUGGAGAGUCUCCCAGCUGUUUCCCUCUGCAUCCAGUCUUUAUGCUAAGCUAGGCUAAUCGCCUCCCGGCUGCAGCUUCAUACGUAGCACACAGACAUGAGAACGGUGUAAAUUUUCUCAUCUCACUCUCACAAAGAAAGCAAAUAAGAGUAUUUCCCAAAAUGUUGAACUACGUCUUUAAACACUAUACAUUAUGAUUAGAUUAAGAAGCUUCUUUAAAGGGAUAUAAAGUGGCAUCUUCCAAGUCCGCUGAAAUAUAUGAUGAAUUUAAUAGUCUCAAGCCCUGUGCUUCUUUUGCAUGUACCUUUACAGUAUAAGCUUGUUUUUUGCCAAAGCCUGGAGCUUGAGCCUUACUGGCUGAUUUGUGCAUGUACAAGCUUUUGGUAAUAGCAUACCUCAGUGCUCACCUGAUUAUAGACACAAGUCCAAACCAGAGUAUAACUGGCCUGCAUAAAUGUUUCUGGACAGUGAGUUUUGUGAACUUUAAAACUGUACAAAAUCAUAUAAUUCCAGUGUUGAUGGCAUGAUAUUUUUAGAUGAUAUGCAGUACCUUUUGGCAUCCCGUAGAUUGUCUUAACGCUUUGGUCAAGUAUACAGGCUCGUACCCUUGCUGGAUGAGUGGAAUGAGGUCAGCCGUUGUGUGUGACUCUCUGUUGUGGGUUAAGUGUUGCGUUAUUGUCUGUGCAGCAAAGGAAGAAUAUUCAGAACUGGGGCAGGUUUUCACUUCACCCCAGCACAGAAUUUGCUGCAUUAUUAAAACACUGAAUGUCUCCAUUUGUGGAUAAGAAAGCUUGGUUAUUUCUCAUUAAACCACUCUACACACCAUCAGAAUCAACACAGGCCUGAAGCGGAUGUGUAAUUUAUGUUAAUCAUCUGUAAAUGGAUAAUGAUAUUUAUUUUUGACGGUUAAUUUAGGUGUAGCUUCUCUCAGAGUUACAAUACUAAUCUACAGUUUUUGGCACUUGUUCUUCAAUAUCAGUGAUCAUUCCUAAUUGGACCGUGCUUGCAAACCCUCCUGACAUGUUUCUUUAUGUGUUAAUGUUCUUGGAUGCCUUUAGGUGUUUUUUAAAAAAAAAGGCAUUGUGCUAGUGUUUGACCAGCAACAGCAUGUCUCCUAUUCAAACGUUUUCCGAUGGAUGCCCUCGCGGCGUACCAUACUGUAGAUGUCUUAACUCUGUGGAUACAGUUUGAAACUCAGUGCCCUGUUGAGAAAACAAACUCAAGAAGAAGAAACAUGUGAUUUAAUGCCACUCUUUUUCCUCCUUGUGAUCCUAUUUUGCAUAAUGUUCUUGUGCUGCAGGAUUUUUACGGGGAGUCAGUGAAAAGCCUUGUUACUGUACCAACUGAAACUGCUCCGUGUGUUUAAAAAAAUGCUGCUUUAACUGCUUUGAUAAAGAAAUAAAUCUCCUUCCAGUAA